AUGGAUGAUAAUUUAUAUCUUUCUACUUAUGAAGCUGCAUUAGCAGUAGUAGCAACAUCAAUGAAAAAAGCAAGAUUAAGAAUAGAUACUUUGAUUAUAAAUUCAAUUAUUGGUGGUAUGUUAUUCACUAGUGGUGGAAUGUUGCAUGUUUUAAUAGAAGGUACCAUGCCCGAAAUAUAUAAAUCUAAUCCGGGGAUUAUUUAUUUAUUACAAGGUUUAGUAUGGCCAAUUGGAUUAACUUAUGUUGUUAUACUUGGUGUUGAUUUAUUCAAUUCAAAUAUAUUGUUUUUUAGUGCUGGAUUGUGUCGUAAGGCAAUUUCGGUAAUUGAUUUAAUUAUAAGUUGGACAAUAAGUUAUGCGUUUAACUUGGUAGGUACUAUAUUUGUAUGUUAUGUGAUUUGUCAUUAUUCCCACGCUACAACUAGUGAAUUAUAUGUCCAGGGUUCAACUGAAGUCAUAUUAAGUAAGACCAGUUUCUCAUUUGUUCAAAAUUUAAUUAAAGCUAUUGCUGGGAAUUUUUAUGUUUGUUUAGCUAUUUAUUUACAAUUAAUGGCUAAGCCAAUCCAUGUUAAAUUUAUAAUGAUGGUAUUACCAAUAUUCACAUUUGUCAGUAUGGGCUUUACUCAUUCAGUUGCAGAUAUGUAUUUACUUAUAAUCGGAUUAAUUAAUAAGGCACCAGUAUCAGUUGGUUUGGUGGUUUGGAAGGUAUUCAUACCUGGAGCAAUUGGAAAUAUUAUCGGUGGUUCAUUUUUUGGGGUUGUUAUUACUUAUUACUUACAUAUUGUCGUUGUUGAAAGAGAUAGAAAAGAAUUAAACUUACCUAAUUAUGAAAUGAAGGAUGAACAACCAUAUAUUAAUCAAGAUUCAAGAGUUAUACGACAAAAGAAACCACAAUUUGAAGAAGAAGAAUUGACAAGUGAAGAAUCAAGUAAAUCUGAUUUAUCACCUGAUGAUUUACAACCAAAACCUUAUAGAAAACCAAGUAGACCAAAUGUGGUAAGGCGAUCAACAUCAAGAAAUUCUUCAAUUAGUGUCAGAUCUAGAAAAUCUCCUAAAAAUGUAUUCCCAGUGUAUGGUAUGCGUAAUGGAUCAAAACGAGAGAGAUCAAUUGCUGGUGAAAUUGAUGAUGAUGCAGAAGAUACAGAUAAUGAAAAUGGGGCAGAAUAUAUUGGAAAUCAAUUGGCUAGAGUUAUUACGGGUAGACGAAAUUCAAGACCUGAUCUAGAAGCUAGACCCUCACGAAGGUCAAAUAUUGAAAUACCUUCACCAAUCAGGGAUCAGGAAUCACUGAAUAAUAUACCUGAACAUUCAGAAUCUUCUACAUUUGAACAAGACUUAGCAGAAUCAGAAAAGUUAUAG